AUGAAACGCACAAGCCAUGACUUCAAGAAUGAUCUUGACCUGGGAGCGCAGGGAACCCUGGACCAGUUCUACAAGGACAAGAUGCAGGCGGUGAAGGUCCUGGAGACGGAGAAGGUCUUUGAGAGUGAGAAUCCCGAGAAUUCUCGGCUAGUCAUGCUGACUCUCUAUCCCUGGCCUUGGCGACAUAACGACGAAGACAUUAACGAUCUUGCCCUCCAUCUUGUUUCAAAAAGCUGGAGGGAGGAAAAGAAUGUCUUCCAAAUGCUGGGGCCUGCGUUGCUCUUCCGAAAGGCACCCAAACCAUCCCGCGGCAUUCUCAAAAGCCCACUUGGUGGGGCCCCUCGCCAAGACCUCAACCUAAACUUGUUUUGGGCCGCAGUCCACCACAUCUUGGCGCCGCGCGGCUUGCAACGACCAGUUCCAAAGGCAGCACCCAUCCCGAAGUUCAAGGCCAAAGCCAUACCACCUGGGCCAGCAAGUCUGGGAAGUAUCCCCCAGUCUCAAAAUCUCGGUGCAGCUGUUCCCAAAGCUGUCCUGAAGCCGAAGCUUCUGGCUUCUGCUGCAAAAGCUCCUGCAGCAAAGCACACCCCCAAAAUGCCUCCGGCCCCAAAGGGCAACAAUUUCUCGUUGCUCGUGGACAGUGAUUCUGACUCUGACUCAAAGUCUCCUCACGUCCCACCCAAGAAACCUGAGGCCAGACCACCUCCUCAUUUAGGCGCACAAGUAGCGAGUGCGAUGGCAGUGUCCGACACAGCCACACCCGCCAAGUGUGCACCCCUGGAGACAAUUCGGCCAGCGCCUUCUCCGAGUUCUCCUGACGAGCUGCGGCCUGCUCUCACAGCAGAGAUGCUCGUGGCCUCUGCCCGUGCAACCUCUGACCCUUCCGCCCCUGGCUGUUUGCAGUGCCUCGCCCCCAGCCCCGGCGUCGUGAGAAGGUGUCCGGCCCUGGUUCCACCGUGGAAUGCAGGCGACAUGCUCACGCAGAGCCCCAUCCAUCUUCUUCGGAAGCUCUUGCAGGAAGCCACAAAGUUCCUGCACCACAUCGUCCUGGCGCGCUUCAAGUCCAAUGAUUCUUCGAAGAAAAACCCAAGCUUCGUCUUCAAAGUAUCUGACAGACAUCACAAUAUCAUGGAGAAGACAGGUGAGAUCAGAGGCAUCUACGGGAUUUCCGGCUUUCGCAUGAUUGAUGGCCGCUCGCAGGAGUUUGUGCACAGCGCAGAGGCCUUUGAGAACAGCCGCCUGCAUGAAGUGAAGGAUCUGGGUCGCCUUCUUGACCAUGUCCUUAAACGGAACAAGUUCUAUGGUGCCUCUCAAGCAGAUGCCCGCGUGCUUGCUAUCAUUCGCAACAGCUUCAGCCACCGACCUUGCUUACGACAUGCAAGUAGGGAUCCCAACCUGGUCCACGAGGAAGUCCUGCAGGCGACCUCGAGGUUCCUUUCGAUCCUCUUAAACCUUGUGGAUAUGGAAGAGCUGGAGAAAAAGCAAAAUGUGGAGACCUCCACGGUAAAGUUCUAUCGCAACAUCCUUGCAUCCUUCAAGCACAGCAUCAGCAGGAUGAGGAAGAUGCAGGCAAGCAGCCUCCGCGGGGAGAGCAUUGAUGUCGGCGCAAGCUUGCAGGCAUGGCAGAGAAAGAUUGAUUCGGAGCUGCGUGAGGGCAGCAAUUCGAGCGCCUCCGUUGCGUUGAUGGGCCUGGUGGGCAGCCGCUUCGAGCAAACAGAGAAGCUGGGUGAUGGCAAAAGGGCAGGUAGCGGUGACAGAGCUGCAGAAGAAUCAGAAGAAGACUGGACUGUCGCUAAGAAGGACGACAACUUCAAGAAGGGCGUGGACGUUGGCAUUCCCGUCUAUGACCAUAAAGAAGCCGUCGUGUCGGUGCUCUAUGAUCCAAUGGCAGUCACGAAUCAGGACUUGGUCAACACAGGUUUUGAUGCUCUAAGUCUGAUCCUUUGGGACAUUGAAUAUGAGUUCGGCAAGAAGGAUAACUUUCAGGGCCAGUGCUUCGCCAAACUCAGGUGCAUCGUGAUCGAUGAGGAUGGCCUUUGUGACUUGUCCGGCGUGCUUCUGCGAGAGGCACAGGAUCCAGCGGCUGAGUUCGAAAAAUUCCGCGACCCGAGCAUGCUGCUGGAAGUUGCUGCCACGUUCUUUGAGCCGCGCAGCUGCGAUCGCAGCACGCUGACAAAAGCUCAGCUCAGCGAGCUGAAGAAGGAAGAGCACCGGCUGCAAGGCUUGCGGAGGACUUGCCAGGACCUGAUCCUACUGUGCAGGGCUCUCAGUCAUCAUGCCGUGCAAGCUGACGGUGAGCAGUUGAAAGCCAAGAACGCGGCGGAUGCGCUUGCCCAUAUGAGUGCGGUCGCUCACGAACUUCGGGAGAUAGCUCUUGCUUCUGGCCAUGUGAUGCCCGGCAACAUCGAGCAUCACAUGGAGCUGCUUGAGGUGCUGGAGACAGAACUACAGAAAGGCUCCAACUACAAGAAGUUCCGCAGACGCGAGAGGCAGGCCGAGUACUUGGCCAGCCAGGGCAAAGCAUUGGUCUACAUGUCGGAGCGGCUGCUACCUCUUUACCAGAACCUGCCCGAAGAAGAGCUGGCCAUUCUGCGAGCGCAGCUCGAGCGGGUCCCCGACAGCAUGAAGUUCUUCGCUGAGAAUGACUCAAUGAGCUCUGAUACCGCAUCUCUUGAGCUUGGAGAUGAGAUGGGCUUGUUGGAGGAUGCCGAUGCCUUCCUGGCAGGCAAAACCUCAUGCCGAGCCAUCGAUACGAUGAAGAGAGCUUUGCAGGAGUUCCUGGACAAGCGCAAGCCAGAGAAGUCUCCGGGACUCACAAUCACAGCGGACGAGGCCGAACAGAUGCUUGCCGCUGUGGACAAGGCUGACAUGCAAACACUUGGAGAGCGGCUGAAGCAGCUGCACCUUGCACAGCUCAGCGAAAGCGCAGAGAUCUCAGCUCGGGCCUUGAAGAAGCUGGUGAAGGAUUUUCGCCAGCAUUACGCCGGGACAACCAGCCAGGGCCAGUUGCUUGGCCAUCAGCUCGAGCUUUCUGGAAGCCAGAAGAAGGAUCUUGCAGGGUGUGAGGGCGCUCGUGUCUCGGAGCCGCCAGAGGAUGAGAGUCUCAAUUCGAGGACAAUUGACCAUGCCAGCGCAGCUUUCGAGCAAGAGGCAUCUGUGAAAUUGGCCGAAGAGCUACAGGCCUUUGCGCGCGUUCUUGGAAUGGAGCCAAGGGAAGUUUGGAAUGACUUCGAGGGCUUGGGCUUUGCUCACCUUACUGAUUUUCAGAAGGCUGUGCUGAAUAAGUUUGGGUGGCGGCCAGAUAAAGCGCUGGGCGAUGGCAAUUGCCUCUUCCAUUCUGUAGCAAGGGCAGUCGGUCAGGACCAUAAAACUGUUCGUAGACGAGGCAUCCAGUGGCUCACGCGGAACUUCACAAAAGCCGCUGCCAUUCCCGAAAGGUUUCCUGAUCUCAGCGAGGAAUACUUGGAGACAAUGGCCCGAGACACGGAGCAAGGAGACGGGACGAUCCUGCAAGCGUUGGCCGAAGAGUAUGGUCGAAGGAUGGUGGUGCUCUCCAAUAUUCCUGCUCAAUGCUGGCAAGUUCUUGACCCAGAAGAGCUCCAGCACAGCACGCCGGUCGUGGUCCUGUACACCAACACACCCUACCAGAACAGAUCAUGCGGGCACUAUGAUGCGGUCGUGCUGUUGCAGGCCGAGCUGACGGGGCCCGGCGAAGCUUCAGCAAGUGAUGCCCAAUCCGUCCCAAAGGCCAACAAGAACAAGAUGUGCGCGGAUGCUCCUUCUGGACCGGCACUGCAGCCAGCGGCUCCUUCCCAGACGUGGGCCGAUCAACUGACAACGCCUGAGCUCACUGCGGAAUGGGUGGUUUCUGCGACGGACUCUAAAAGGACCGGAGACAUUUUCCUGGAGGAGGAAAUCACUGGAAAAUCGCUUCGGUUCUUCAUGACGGAGGAGAAGUUGCAGAAGUUGGGGGUCAAGUCAGGCCCCUCCGAGGUGCUUCUGUGGGAGUGGGAGAAGCUCAAGAAUCAAUGA